AUGGCUUCCCAUUGGUGUUUCCGCUGCAACAAAUUUGUCAGAGUAUGGAGACAGGAAAUGCCCAUGUGUCCAGAAUGUGACAGUGGAUUCGUCGAAGAGAUCGAUUCUUCCGGUCGCCCCGUCCAUGCCGAACCGCGCCGCCGUAGGUUCCCCGCCGCGGCUGCAAUGUACAUGAUCGGCCACCGUUCCGGUAACUCCAACCAAAUUCCCCGUUCCUCUCACCAUCAACAUUGCAGAACCGCCAACGGCGACCCGUCUCCGAUCAACCCGGUUAUCAUGCUCCGCGGAGAGGGAUCAAGGCACGAGCGUGGCUCCAGCUUCGACCUUUUCUACGACGAUGGCGCCGGUACGGGCCUCCGACCACUCCCUCCGAGGAUGUCAGAGUUUCUCCUCGGAACAGGCUUCGACCGCGUGAUGGACCAACUUUCCAACGUGGAGUCUAACUCCGGGUCUGGGAGGCACGACCAGCACCACGCGCCGGCGUCUAAAGCUGUCGUGGAUGCCAUGCCGGAGAUUGAGAUAAACGCGUCCCAUAUGGUGACUGAGUCACAUUGCGCGGUCUGCAAGGAGCCUUUUGAGCUUUGCACCAGAGCGAGAGAAAUGCCAUGCAAACACUUAUACCAUCCAGAAUGCAUCUUACCGUGGCUCGCAAUUCGGAACUCCUGCCCUGUGUGCCGCAAACAGUUGCCUGUUGAGAACGAACGUGAGGGGUUGGAGCGUGUGGAGGAGGAGGAAGAGAACAACGUGGGGUUGACGAUUUGGCGGUUACCGGGCGGAGGGUUUGCAGUGGGAAGGUUGGGGAGAAGAGAGGGUGAGAGAGAGGUUAACGUUCCUCUUGUGUACACGGAAGUGGAUGGUGGGUUCAACUUUAACAACCUUGUUAUGGGGGAACCCAGAAGGAUUUCAUGGUCGGUUUCGGAGUCUCGAGGGAGGAGAAGAGGUGGCACGUUUAGAAGAAUGUUUAACGGUUUGUUUAGUUGCUUGAGAGGUGGUGGGGUUGGGCCUCAACGUUCUUCUAGCUCUGGUUCUUCGAGAAGCGCGACGAGUACCAGUGUUAGGGCUUCGCGUCCUAACAUGGGUCCUUCUUCAUCUACGCGUAGAUCUUGGUCAAUGGAUGUCAACGGUGGAACCAGACCAUGGUAA